GUGAACGUGUGUUUCUCAUUGGCUCGUUCUUAACUUACUGUUUUUUAAACACGUUAUUCACUGUGAACUCGGUGCACAGUACACUGUUCAGCUGUUUGUUCGACGUCUGGCGUUAAAAGUUUUACUUCGAGAGUACAAUUAAUACGAUUGGUAACACAGCAGUAGACACCCAACAUACCAAGAUCUGAAAGAAAUUCCUGUCAACGUCGUUACCCCAUUCGUCGUCGUCGUUCGGACACAGUGAAAUAAGGGGAAGUUAAACAUAUCAGACAAAACUCAAACAACGAUACGCAUCUACUUUUGAGGUCGGUUACUCGGUUGUGUAAUUGUGUAUGUAUCGCAUAACGGCAUAAACUGAUCGCGACGGCGUCUCAUCUGUGGACCUUCCAGCCGCUUCGAUAUUCUCAUCGGAUGUGUCAGUAUUGUCUAAAUCAUAUUCGUAUCUAUCAUCAAACACUGGUCGCAACUAGUGAUUUUUACGUUUGAUGUACUGGCUGUUUUACAUAAGAUGCCUGGUGAGACAAUUAAUGAAAUGACAGAAAACCAGGUUUCUGCUGUUGAGAAGGAUUCACUGAAACAGUCGAAACCUGACUUGUCUAAUAAUGAAUUCCCUGAUGUUGUUCCUAAUGAAUCAACAUCUAUUUCACCAAUAAAUGAGUUAACAAAUGGUUUGAAACGAUCUUUGCCAGAUGGAGCAGACAAUGAUAAAAAAAAAAUCAAACUAGCUGAUGUAAGUGAAGAUGAACUUGAAGUUCUUAGCAACCAUGAUAACGGAAAAGAUCAUAUUGAACUGUUGAUACAAAGAGUUGAUGAAAUUACUGAGUCUCUAGAAGAUACAAUUGGUAAUAGAGAAUCUGAUGCUUCCAAUGAUAUAUCCAAUAAUCUUAACCAUGAAACAAAUCUAUCCUUAAAAACGGUUAACCAUAAUGGUAAUAGUGAUAUAGAUAAUAAAGAUUGUAAGGAGGAUUCUCCUGAUAAAAAUACUUUAAGUGUAGAUGAAUGUAAGGGUGUUGAUAACAAAACAACAGAUACAAGCAAUAUUAAUAAUAAUUGUGAAUUUAUUGAAAACGGCGAUGAAACUGAAAAAAGUGAUAAAAAUAAAUUAGUUAAUAAUGAUAUAACUACUAGCAAAGGUAUUUCUGAUUUAAAUAGUUCAUCCUCAUCGGAAAAUUUAGUUAUCAAUGAAAAUUUUGAUCAUGAAAAUGAAAAUGAAAAAGAAAAUGAAAAUGAAAUUGAAAAAGUAAAUGAAAAUGAAAAUGUUAUCAAUGAUAUUCCAGUAACAGAAAAUAUAUCUGCAACAGUUGAUGAUUCAACUGUAACAGAAUGUAAUUUAAAUGAUUCAAAUACUAAGAUAUCUGAAAUUGAAAAUAUUGUCAACACUAAACAAAAUGGUAUAGAACUUUCGCCAGUAUUAGAAAGUAAUGUAGAUAAUGUAAUAAAAAAUACAGAAGAAACUAAAACCGUAGAAAGUCAUUCUUGUGAGAAUGACUCUGAAGAUAAUACUGAGGUUGAUGUUAAAACUAAUUGUAAUGAAGAUUUUGAAGUUAUUGAUUCUGAUACCAGUUCUGAUAUUUCAUCAUCUGAUAUACCUGAUUUACCUAAUAAUAUCAAUGAUAUUAUAAAUGGAGUACAUCAGAUAUCCGAAGACAGUUUUCCACAAUUAUUAAAAUUGUUUAGUCAAAAAAAAUUGACCUAUGAACAAUUUGACAGCUUGUGUACACAAAAAAUUAUUGAAUUGAUGACAGAAAGAUCGUAUUGGGGUAAAGAUCGUUCAGAACUCCAGUUGUUGAAAGAAAGAGAAAAGCAUUGGCGAUUAAAAUAUUGUUCACUAAAUAGACAAUUUAAAGAAAUUAAGACUAUAGUAAAUAUUCACAAGCAAGACUUAAAAACUAAUGAACAUGCUAAACCACAUAUAAUUACAAGAACUGUGGGUUUGCAGGCAGUAUUAUGUCCAAAAAAAGAAGGUAGUAUGAAGUUACCAAAACUAGUGAUUUCUCCAUCAAAACCUGAUAAUAAUCCAGUAAGUAUUAUUAGUGAUGAGGAAGAUAAUGUUAAUUCAUUAAAUGCAGAAGAAUCCGCUAAACCCUCAACUUCAAAAAUUGAAAGGUUGACUCCUAAAAAGGUACCCAAUAUACAAACACCUUCCUUAAAUAUUAAGCCGAAAUCGCCAGUUGUAUCUCCUUCUAAAACUGUUUCUGCUGCUAAGUCUUUGAAUUCUAACGAUACAAGCACUCCUACAAUAGAUCUAACAGGAAAUGAUGAUGCAAUUGAUGUAUCAAAUGUAAUUGAUUUGGAGGAACCAAUAUCACCUUAUAAAGUUCUUCGUCGCCAGAGUCCCGGGAUUUUACCUGUACAACUGAACAACAAUUUACCUAAAACUAUUACAUAUGUAGAACUUCCUACCCAUUCAACAUCUACCUCGAGUUAUAUAAUGAGAACAACUUCAAGCGGCUCUCCCCAACGAACUGUUUUAAAUAAAGAUACCAUAAUUACAAAUGAUCCAAAAGCUAAACUUAAACCAUAUCUAAUUGAUGUUUCUCAUAUUGAUCCUGUACUAGUUCAGCCUUGUACUGUUACUUAUACUACACGGCAUGUUCCAGUAUCUCAAAUAUCUGGAACCUUACAACCAAUGUCUACGGUGCCUUAUACACCACGUCAAAUUACUAUGUCUCAACUUUCUGGAUCAUUAAAACCAAUAACUCCUACAGCUUAUACAACGUGCCACUUACCAGUAUCUCGUUUAUCUGGAUCAUUGUCCCAGGCAACUCCUGGAACAACUUUUACUGCAUGUCGAUUACCAAUAUCAAUACAUGCAAUACCUCCUCUUAAUUCUUCUGAGCAUUGUUUAAUGAGAUCUCAAUCGUCUAGACCACCGCCACCUGCAAUACCAAUAUUAGAACACCCUGCUCCAGUGCCUGGAAUUCCAAAUCAAAAAUCUCUUCCUUCAUGGAAAAAAUUACCUCCCGCACCUAAAGUGAGCCUUUCUAAAACAGUAGAAUCGCAAAUUCCUCAAGCACUAGUGCUUUCAUGGAAUAUGACUAUGAAUAAAACAAUUGCAGAAGUAGUAAAUUAUCAGAUUUAUGCUUAUCAAGAGGUCCCUAAUCAACCACCUAAAGUUGACUUGUGGAAGAAAAUAGGUGAUGUAAAUGCUCUUCCUCUACCCAUGGCUUGCUCACUUACUCAAUUUUCAAAUGGUGAAAAAUAUCAUUUUGCAGUAAGAGCUGUUGAUAUUUACACUCGUGUUGGGCCUUUUAGUUUACCACAAAGUAUGUAUUUGAGAUAA